UAGCGAAUAAUCAUCUUUCCGCAGUUCAUUUGAGACUUCGAUUCUUGAAUCAGCUAAUUAUUGUCUUUUCUAACUGAAUAUGGGUCGCACAUUGACUUACUGGGACGUUCGCGGAUUAGGUCAGCCAAUUCGAUUUCUACUGGCAUAUCUAGAGGUGGAGUACGAGGAUAAAAGAUACGGUCUAGCCGAGCCACCUCAUUCUCGUGACGAAUGGCUUGCAGUCAAACCAAAUUUGGACCUUGAUUUUCCCAAUCUUCCAUAUUGGAUAGAUGGAGAUCUAAAGAUGACCGAGUCCAGAGCAAUUGUCAGACACAUUGCACGUGUUCACGAUCGCACUGGAACACUUUUACCGAACGAUCCUAAAAUCGCAUAUAAAACCGACAUGAUGGAGAACAUUGUCUUUGAUGCGAUGAUGGGUGUGGCUAUGUUUGCUUACGAAUAUGACCCGUUGAAAGAAGAUGAGAAGUACAAAGCUCUUCACGAAAAGCUGGCGGCUAUUUCCAAAUAUCUUGGGAGCAACAAAUGGAUAACUGGGGACGUAAUUACAUUUGUCGAUUUCUGGCUGUACGAAACACUGAUUUGGUAUAUCAGAUUCGACGAGAAGUUCUUGGAUCCGUAUGCGAAUUUCGCCGAAUUUAUCAAACGUUUUGAAGAUCUACCAUCCACUAAAAAGUACAUGAACGACCCUAAAUACAUACAAGGUCCUUGCAUCAAUCCACUAGCUGCAAGGAAGAUUUAAAUUUUAUUUUCUCUACCGUUUGGCUUACAUUGUACGCAAAUAAUUUGAUUCAAAUAGAAUAACUGCAGAGAAUAAAACGUUCAUUGCUAUUCUGAAA